UGACGACUUAACUACAUCCGGGUAAGUGUGGUGACCUUGGUUAGUUGAUCAUCAUGGCGGCUAUCGUCAGGUUUAGUUCCGUGUGUUGUAGAGGAGUCAAACCUCUGUUCUACCAAAACGCUUUGCUGGCCAGGCCACUGGUUGUACCACACAAAUACCAGGAACAGUCUCACGUGUUGACAGCGAGGAUUCAUGCAUCAAAGGCACUUUACGCGGAAUCUGGCACCAAAGCUGCAUCUCUGCACUGGACAGCCGAGCGAGUCCUGAGCAUCCUGCUGCUGGCCAUGGGACCUGUAGCCUAUUUUAACCCAAGUCCUGUCAUGGACUACUCUCUGGCUGCUGCCCUGACCCUCCAUGGACACUGGGGUAUCGGGCAGGUGUUAACAGACUACGUUCAUGGUGAUACAAAAAUCAAAAUUGCCAACGCAGGUCUCUUCCUCCUGUCCACGGUCACAUUCGCUGGUCUUUGCUACUUCAACUACAACGACGUGGGCAUCUGCAAAGCCAUUGCCCUGCUCUGGAGCAAAUGAACAUAAGUGUGAACUGGGAACCUUGGGAGAACCUCUACAUGGGAAUGUGUUGGGAAUAUUUUCCUGGCCGAUUGUUUAAAAAAAAAAAUAUAUAGAAAGAAGAAUUCAAAGUGUAAAUUCUUAUACAUAUAUCAUUUUGACAAUAUUACAGUGAUUCACAAGUGCGUAACAGUAGUCGACGUCGGUGAAUUCAAGCUUGUCUCUGUUCAGUUCUUGCUCAGUUUAGUUGCAGUAAUGAGUUUGCAACUGACAUUCACUUUCUCUUUGAAUAUGUGGAAAAUUAGCAUCUGUUUCUGUUCAGCAUGGACUAAAUUCAAGCUAUGUUCACCUGUAGAUUUGAAUCCUGAGCAACAUGUCCAGUGAUUUUUACAUUUCACUACCAGUUCUACAAGUAAGAGCUGUUCAGUUCCAUGACAUGUACUUGUUAUAUUUCCUGGGGACAUGUGUGAUUUCAGCGUAACAGCCAUGACUUCUAUCAUGUCGUAGUGCUGUUUGACAUUUAAUUUAUUUAGCACCCUUUUUCAUUUCACAUUUGGGUCUUCUUUGUGGCGACUUUCUUGACUGUAUUUUGUUUUCACCAUGGUGUGUACAUAUUACCUUUUAAUCUUAAAUCUAUCGUGAAUAAUGGGGCAGCACCUCAGAGUCACAAGCUCCACUUAAUUUGUCUUUUGCUACUGCAGCUUCACCAUCUCACUCGGCUUCGGUGUACUCCUGGUCUGUUGACUGACGGGGGCAAAUGCUGUGGUUUGAGUGGAGAGCAGCAGGAGCUGGGUGGGGGGGGGGUCUAAGAGCAGACUGCAUUUGCUUGUUUUGGCCUGUUUAAUCCAGGAGAAGAUCUAUUCUGCAGCGCUUUUGAAGGUUUAUUAAAGGUAACGGAGGCUAGAUCUGAAGUGUAGUCAUAAACUCAAGCCAUCCACCAAUACUGAACCUACACGUGCAUCAGCACAGUGGAUAACAUAAGUCUAGAAAUGUAAAAACUCUUGUCCACAGCAGGGUAUGAAAUUAACAGCUGCAAAAUGCCGUCCUCUGCCAAUAAAGUAUCACUCAAGACAGCAACAAGAAUACAAACGCCUCUGUUAUGUACUGCGUCACGUUGUACUUUAUGUAGGAAUUACAAACUCCUUUCACUGUGUGAGUGAGCAAACAAAUUUCUAAAACUGGCACAUCAUACUUAUAAUAUAUUAUGAAAAGGAUCCGUUUAUAUUGACUGAUUUGAAAUUCUUGGCAUCUUUUUUUAACCUCUUGGCAAACAAUUCAAAAACUAGUGAGCCAGUGUGAUAAGAUUUAAUAUGGUUGACCAGUCAGACCUUAUCAGGUUGAGUUAACUGCUGUAAAAUCUGCAUUCAAACUGUUGAUGAGAGCUCACCUGUUUGGUCUGUUUGCUCCUUACAGCAGAGAUCGAUUUGUAAUGUCUGUUCAAUUCAUGUCAUUUCAGAUUCGAAAAAUGUACCGUUCCUGCCUCAGCAGAAUAAAGUUGGCUUUACAGAUGUUU